AUGGAGGGUGAGUACAAGAAGAUUAUUCUGCUGAAAGGACUGGAGCCCAUCAAUGACUACCAGUUUAGCAUAGUCAAGUCCGUACUGGCCCGCGAUUUGGGACUGACCUGCAAAAUGCAAGAAGAAUAUAACAAGGUCAAGAUUGCCGACCUGAUGGAAAAGAAGUUCCCAGGGGUUGCCUGCGUGAACAAGCUAAUAGACCUGUUCAAGGAAAUGCCAUCACUUACGGACAUUGUCAAACAACUUAGAAAUGAGAAGGUAAAAGCUGCGAAGAAAACCAAAGCAACAGAAGAAACUCCAAGGAGAAAGAGGCCGCGGGAAGGAGCGGGCCCUGCUCCACACGCCCCGACCGCAGGCAGCGCGGUGCCGCGUGGGGGAGCCGAGGGGACCAGGAAGACUCAGAAAAGAAACACGGCCACCAAAGAACUGGCUUCGACAAAAAAGAAUAAGGGGUUCGGGCCGCCGACUCAACCCACCUGCCAUUCAGGAGCCAACCCGUCCGCAGCCACGGGCUUUAUGGGCUUGCUUCCGCAGCCCCACACCUCAUCGUCGACGCCCUGGGCCGCGGCCUUCCCCGAGAACCAGAUGGUGCAGGGCCAACAUCAAGGCGCCGCGAGAGGACGUGUCCUUCAGAAGGACCCCCUGACAGUCCUGGUUCUGAAGGCAACGGAGCCCUUCGAGUACGAGUGCCCAGAGGAGGGGAGAAGCAGAAUGUUUCACGCUACGGUGGCCACCUCCAGUCAGUUUUUCCAAGUGAAGGUCUUAAACAGCAACCUGAAGGAGAAGUUCACCAAGGAGAAUAUCCUUACCAUCUCAGACUACUUCGAAUGCAAGGGAAUCCUCGAGAUAAACAAAACCUCAUACGUGUACGAGGCUGAUCCUUUCCAAGUGAUUGCGGUCCCAAACAGCAUCACCAAAAGAGCAAAUGAAACCCCCAAGAUUGAUAACCUUUACAAGCAAGCAUCGGGAACAUUUGUGUAUGGAUUAUUUCCGUUAACUCAGAUAAAAGUGAAUAGGAAGACGACGAUCUACACAAUACAGGAUAAUACAGGAGCGAUGGAGGUCUUGGGCACCGGAAGAUGGCACAACAUCCCGUGCAAGGAAGGAGAUAAACUCCGACUCUUCUACUUCCAACUGAAAACCAUUGACCAGAAGCUGAAACUGACCUGUGGAACUCACAGCUUCAUCCAGGUCAUCAAGACGAGGAAAACCAAGAAGGAACCAGCCGGCUAUGAUUUUCAGCUGGAGUUUGAUAUGAUGAACUCCCCUCCAAAUCAAUUCGUGGCCUAUAACAGUGACGUUGUUAAAACUGAGAAUUUCUUUUAAAAACAGAAGCCGUAGAAAUACUGCAGCAUAUUAAUGGCUUUUUAUGUCUGAGCUGUAGAUUACAUUUCUUUAUUUUAUGAAAUUUACUUCUUCUUCUUCUGUAUUUUCUAAGCAUAUUACAUUUUGCACCUUAUACAUUUAUGAUGCAAACAAAUAAAACUGCCUUUUUCAAAGGGCAUCGUCUGCCAACG